GUCUCCAUCUCUCUGCCUUUAGGACCUCACAGCCUGGACGCUUUAGUUCAACUUGAGCUCUAUUUGGGGGAAACGACUCAAGUCGCACGUGUUCUGUCCGUUGAUUUGGGGCAGGCGAUUUAAUUAUUAAAAGUAUGAUUUUGAAGGAAUAAAACACCCAAACCUUUUACCUGAUCGUUAAAGGGAUUUAUUGCUUUAACAAACAGUUCCUGGUGGAAGAGAAGAUCUUAAGUCUUAGCUAUGGAUCCAGAACGACAAAAGCGUAAGGAAGAAAUUCAGAAAGCUUUGGGAUUCAUUCAGUCAUCUUUGCCUUUCCCUGAACCUGAAGGUUAUGAGGCAUUCCUGACUCAGCUAGUAUGUAAUUUGCUGGAUGAAGGUAACUCAGUGUAUCGCGAUGGAGAGUGGAGACAGGCAGCCGUCCAUUACAGCGAGGGUGUGAAUGUAGCUCGCUAUGCUCAGUCUGAAGCACUGGUCAUUCCCCCUGAGCUGUUAGAGAGCCUUUAUGUGAACCGGGCAGCUGCACAUUAUAGUCUGGGGGAGUUUGAGCGGGGCGUGCAGGACUGUGAUAGUGCACUGUGUGUGUCGGAGGGCAGUCGCAGGGCACUCUACAGGAAGGCACUUUGUCUGAGGGAGCUGGGCAGACUCAGAGAGGCUUACGAGUGUGGCACCGGAUGCCUAUUAACUGCCCCUCAUGACCGGCAAGUCAGUGAGCUUGCUCAGGAUCUAGCUAACAAACUUGGUUUAAAAAUCCGCAAAGCGUACAUCAGCCCUCAGCUUGAUUCUACAACCUCUGCAGCAGACAGCAAUGGAGAAACGAAUUCUCCUACAGGGGAGACCUCAUCAAAUGGUCUUGAGUCUUUGACUGAUAUUGGAUCAGAUUUAACAAGUGCGCAGUGCAUCCCUGCUCCUCUGGCUACACCUAUCCCAGUAAGUGAUGACCCACAGAUGCCCUCACUGAGCCCAGUUGUGCCCCAAGACAUGCCAGAAAGCCCAAGCCAGGAGCCAUCAGGGCGGGUGCCGUACUCUGUGCCUGUAUCUGAACACAUGGGUGAAUGUGUGAUGAAUGAGGACACCUCAUGUCUGGACACCUUGCUGGAAAGUAUUCCUAAAGGAGCUGAGGUCAGUGUGAACCCAGUUCAAGGGGCCAUUCCUACUAACCUACCAAACACUGCCGUGGGUUUGAGGCCUCCAUAUUCUCCAGGUCUCCCAGCAUCCUCUGCUCAGCUAAUGACUCCAUAUUUCAACUCUGCUGUCAGUCCGCUCUGCCCACUGGAGUCCUCCUCAGUUCUAGGUCAAAGCGAAGCCUCUUCUCAGACGAUGGACUCCCUUGGCUCCUUUAGCUCUGGAGCUAGAGACACUGCUGGGAAGGGGGGGUCUGGAUCACUAAGCACAGGAGGACUGGAUUCCCUCUCUGAGUACACACUUCCUGGUGGACGAAUCUCUCACAGUUUCAUCCCCAGUUUGCGGAAUCAUAAUCCCACCAAUGCAAAUGGACCAGUUGUUACCAACCUUUCUCUGCUGUCACGAAACCCUCUGGCUGCCACACAUGAGUUCAGACAGGCCUGUAAUGCUUGCUACAGUCGCAUAGGGCAACGGGUCAUGGACUACCAUUAUCAACCUGAUGCCGCGCAUCGCUGUAAGAGAGAUGUGCUGCUCUGCCGCCUCAAAUCCUCAGAUGACCCCACCUGGAAGAGGGUGCGACCCCGUCCUGCUCGUAAUAACUUUCUUGGGGCGUUUGUUCUUUGCAAAGAGGUACAAGAGCGUCAGGAGUGCCAGUAUGGUGAAAACUGCACUUUUGCCUAUUGCCAGGAGGAGAUAGAUGUUUGGACACAAGAGAGGAAGGGAGCUCUAAGUCGUGAGCUUCUGUUUGACCCUCUGGGCACCAACGAACGACGGGCCCUCAGUGUCACCCGUCUCCUUCAGCUCCAUAUGGGCAUGUUUAUGUUCCUCUGUGAGGAAUGUUUUGACAGUAAGCCUCGUAUCAUUAGCAAGCGAAGCAAGGAGAAUCUCGCUGUGUGUUCCAACCUCACUGCACGACAUCCCUUUGAUGAUAACAAGUGCCUGGUGCACGUGGUUCGCUCAGCAAACGUACGCUACAGUAAAGUACGCCCUCUUCACCCACUCUGCCAGUUUGAUGUGUGCCGCCAUGAGGUGCGAUAUGGUUGCCAGCGGGAGGACAGUUGCUCCUUUGCACAUUCAGUCAUAGAACUCAAGUGUUGGGUUCUUCAGCAGGACACAGGUAUUACCCAUGAGGAGAUGGUGCAGGAGUCUAAGAGACACUGGCACAGAUUGGAACAGAAUUCGCAGAGACAGAAGCCCAUGCUCAGCUCCCACCAGCCCAGCGGGAGCAGCAGUAGUGCUGUGGUCUCUGGAGGAGUUGUCAGUGGAGGCGGAGAUGGCAUUGGGGGUGGAAGCACCGGAGGAGGUGGAGGAGGACUUGUAGGAUGCGGUCGAGGGCGCGGCUUGAAUCUGAAGAUGAAGUUUGUGUGUGGACAGUGUUGGAGGGAGGGUCAGGUCAAUGAGCCAGACAAGUCACUGAAGUACUGCACUGCCAAAGCCAGGCACAGCUGGACAAAAGAGCGCAGGGUGUUGCUAGUGAAAUCGUUUGAGAAGAAAAAGUGGGUGGUAGUGCGACCGCUCCCUUUUUCCCGUACCUACCCCCAACAAUAUGAUAUGUGUGUUCAUGUCAUGAAACAGAAGAAGUGCCACUAUAUUGGGAACUGUUCUUUUGCACACAGUUUGGAGGAGCGGGAUGUGUGGACCUAUAUGAAAAACAACAGCUUGAGAGACAUGCAGCAGAUGUACGAGAUGUGGCUUUCGUUGACCAAUCAGAACCGACGUGCAGACGACACCCUCAUGACUCCACCCCCAGAAGAAAAACGGAUCGCCAUGCCAACUGACUAUUCUGAGUCAAUGGUUGGGCGACGGAUGUCUGGUGGUGGAGGGGAUCUGUGACCUGGUCCUGAAAGUGUGUGGUUACAGGCGGUCUGGAUGAAACUUCCUGUUCAGAUGUCAGCUUCUAAGGCCCUUUCCCACUCUUUCAGUGCCACUCUGGGAAGUACAAGACUCUGCUGCCCUUCAGGGCAAAGUGCUUGACUAUAGGACUAAUACAGUGAUUGUUGCCACAUACACACAUCCCACAUGCUUUUUCACCCAUUAUCAAACACGUUCGCCCACUCACUGACAUGACACUUGGCACAGGCUUAUAGGGUGUCAUGUGAGUACACACUGGUACUUUUACAGCUAACUCAAGUAAGGGCAGUUUGUUUUUACGUUCUUUAAACACAUAUUUGAGGAGUUGAAGAUCUAUUCCCACAGUGCUUUUUUAACUCAAAACCAAAACAGACUGGUUGUCCCCGUAUCAAAUCAAAGCACCUGUCAUGCAGGCCACUCAUGUUUCAGUCAAGUAUGUGGUGGCAGAUGGCAGAUUGAUGAUUUUGUCUGAAGUUAUGAAGUGGUGCUUAACUGUUCCUGCCAUAUUGGUAGAAGAGUUUGAAUGUACAGCCAAAUGCGGCCAUUUACAAGAAAUUUGAGAUUUGUUCAGAUGUCGAAUGUAUUUGAUACACUAAGGCAAUUAAUAACGGACUAAGUAAAAACCACCCCAACUCACAUAAUGCCAGUCACAGAUCUUGCACUGACAUACACUCAUUUCCUCAUUCUUUCCAUUUGCACUGAGUGAGUUUGGCAGUGCUUGAUAAAGAAGAGGAUAGAAUGCACACAAGGGCUGUUUGCAGACUUGAGUCAUCAGACUAUUUGGAUUGAAAAUACACUUUGUAUUAUUAUUAUUAUUAUUUUUUCUUUGAUCGAGUGAUUGGCGGUUGGAAGAUGCUUCCGUGUUUGUUCAUUCAAGCUAAUAGAUUGGGAUUUGAAGUGCAUAAUCUGUGACACCCAUAAACAUGCAAUUAAGAGACUCUUGUUUGCCACAGUUCAACGUGGGCCAGUAGCUCAUUAGUUCUCCAUAUGUACCAUUUAUUGAUUUCAUAUUAAGAGCAUGAACGGAAAUGCAUUGCAAGAAUAUAGGCAAAAGAGCUGUACUUGCCCUGCCUGUUUGUAGUUAUAUUCAUAAUAUACUGUCAAGACAUGCAGUGCUACCCUUAGUACGCCUUGUCCUUAUUUUCAGUGGACAUGAGAUAUAUAUAUAUAUAUAUAUAUAUAUAUACACACACACACACACAUAUAUCUACUGGCAUACUACUAAUGAUUAUUGAUAACUUAGCAGUUAAGCUUAAUUAAGUAUAACCUUACCUUGUAUUGAUUACAUAGAACUUCUUGUUAUUGAGCUAUGCUGUAUGACGUAUUGCUGAUUAGAUGGUUAGUGAUUUUUUUUUCUUACAUGAGUCAUUCCAGAAGUGUCCGAUUUGUGAGGUCUAGAUGAGAAUGUGCUGCCUCAAACUGCCUAUAAAUGCUAUAGAAAGGUAAUUUAAUCACCCUGAGAUAGUUUGUUAUAGAAAAUGGAAUCAAGCUUGUAAUUUUGCAUUGAAUUUAAAUCAGGGUUUAAAUAACACGUGAAGGAGCAGAUUUGGCCUGGUAACAGAUUCCAGCUUGUAUGGAGAUUGAGAGGGACAUUCUGGAGCGACCUAGUACGCUUUACAGAGGGAUCAUAUUAUUACUGCUGCUAUUAUUAUUAUGAUGAUGACAGUGAUGAUAAUGAUUGCCAUUAUGACUACUUCUAUCUUCCUAUAUGCUAUUGAUAUAUGUAUAUGUUAAUUGCUAUGUAUAACACUUUAAAUAUAUGUAUCCAUGUAUGAAUAUAAUACUUAACAGUGAAUUAUGUCUAUGUAUGCUUAGUGGGCUGUCCAGAAUAGAGGAAUUGAGAUCCUAGGCUAGUUAUCUUUAUUUUCUUUCAGCCUAAACUCAAUGAAAAGCAAGUGACACCAUUAACGUUUAGUGUCAUGCUUUUGUGAUGUGUGUUAGUUGCUGUCAGGUUUCUGAAACCUGGGAUCUCUUUUAAGAGGGUUUAUAGAGUGGUUGUAGUGAA